AUGGUGGAAGGUGGCAGAGGGCCGUCGUUCCCUGUAGUGUUCUUCGACGGCGAGAGGGAGAUAGAAAUCGGCGACGUCAAAAUCAACCCCACGCUCGAGUACAAGCCGUUCCAGCACAUGCUCAGCCAGAAGAUUGGGAUAUCGCCCAACCAAAUGUCCAUCUACCUCGUCUACAGAGGGAGGAACCAGAGGCCGCCUUUCUCUGAGGACCGGCGCCGGAUCCCGAUCACCGGGAAGGUCAACUUUGGGUUGAUCUGCCGCCAGAAGGACUGCAGUUUCCUCGUCGUCUUGAAGAGAUCGCGCAAGUCAAGGAGCCGCAGGGAAAGAACGAUGAGCGGCGUCGAUUUCCACGGUUUCUUCUCAGACAACGAAUUUUCUCAGCCGCCGCAGAUGCAUCCGGUGCCGGAAAAUCUAGUGCUGCUCCGGAGGAACCAGCCGGCCCCGUUCUAUGACCAGAUUACGCAGUCGCAGCUCUCGGAUUUGAACGACCGGCUGCAUAACCUGAAAAUUCAGAGGGAGAAUUAUCAGAUCGCGAUGGGGAGGGGGAAUUUGGAUUCGCCGGGUUUCAUCGCCGGCCGGGGUCAUGAGAUUAAUCCGAUGCCCAAUCUAAGCGUCAAUUCGAUUGCUGGAAUCGGCGAUUGGAGACCGGUUACUCCCCCGCCGUUUCUGCCGCCGGUGACGAUGGUAAACAAUGGGAACAGAAGGGUUUUCUGCGAGGAGUGCGAGAAAUCAGGGACGAACUGGAACACGACGUCGUUCCAUCCGUGCGUCAAUGAUGCUGUAAUUACUGGGCGCAUCAUCUCGCGUUUAGGGCCGAUUAAUCGGCUCGGCAAGGCCGCUCCGUCAUAUCCAUGGCGGUGA